AUGCCAGUCACGGACGAAGACUCCGCCAUCCAGGCUAUCACAGCCCUGGCUGAUCUCACCGACGAGCAAAAAGAUGCAAAGUGCAAGAUCGAUGGACUACUCGUAACAGAUGAUCCAUUCAUCGAUGUCACCGAGCUUUUCGCACUGUACAACACACUCUACUUCCGGUCUCUGCUAAAUCCCCGAGUGGAGGUGUCGUGGUCCUCCCGCUUGACGCUGUGUGCCGGGAUCUGCGAGCUGGUCCGCGAUCCAGCGAACGGAAACAAGUAUACCAAGAUUCGGUUAAAGCUAUCCGAGCCGUUGCUCAAAUACAGGCCCCGGAGCGACAUCCUGGAUACGCUGCUCCAUGAAGCGAUACACGCAUACUUCUUCAUCACCACAUCCUGGCGUCAUUCUCGGGGCGAUGACGGUACUGGCCAUGGGAAUGGCUUCUUGUUAUUGGCGGAUGCGAUUAAUGACCAUGGCGGAUAUACCAUUACCGUGUAUCAUACCUUCCAUGACGAGGUCGAUUCCUACCGGACGCAUAUCUGGCAGUGCGAUGGGCCAUGCAAGGAGAGGCCCCCAUUUUUUGGAUUGGUGAAAAGAAGCAUGAACCGUGCGCCCGGAAAGAGUGAUUUCUGGUGGAAGCAGCAUGAAGAGGAAUGUGGUGGGAAGUACGAGAAGAUCGCCGAGCCGGAGCUGAGCAAGGAACAGGUCGCCAAACUGAGCGGGCUUGCCAGAGCGGGAAGGCAGAGGUCAAAGAUUGACGGCUGGCUGAAGUCUGCCAAGGAGGACACCGGAGGUGUCAAAAGGAAGAUAGACAUUGACGUUGAAGACGAUUUGAAUCAGCCCGAGAACUCCCAAAUGGCCGUGUCGUGCCCGAUCUGCAGCGAGAUGAUGGACCAAAACCAAGUCAACCAACAUUUGGACGACAUACACGUGACGGCGUGA